GGCUGACUCGGUCGGCUGUGGUCGGCUGCAACAUCGCUCGUGUUUGCGCGUGCACAGCAUGGAGGCGUCCUGAUUCCCUCGAUGAAGAGCACGGAGUGACGACGCUGAAACACGCACAAAAGCGCACCGACAACGCACUGUUAGUGAACUUUGGAACUUCGCACUUUGAUCCAUAGCCGACACCUGACACGAGCACGGCUGUCUCUGCACGCACGCUUUCUAUUGCCAGGAAUGUUGAAUUGAGGUAGAGAAACCAAUAAUUUAGGUUUUCCAUAAAACAUAUGAUUUAAUACUAUUUACUUAUAUCAUCAUGGGAGUGCUCGCCUUUGUGAAGCAAUGGUUGGUGGUACACCUUUUGUUUGCCAUUACAUUUUUUACAUCCGGCUUGAUAAUAAAUUUCUUCCAAUGCAUCUUAUACUUUGGACUGAGGCCCUUCUCCAAGUACCUCUACCGCAAGAUCAACUAUUAUCUCUGCUACUCCUUCUACUGUCAAUUAGUAUUUAUGGCAGAAUGGUGGGCAGGAUCGGACCUGAUAUUAUAUAUAGAUAAGCAAGACUUUGAUAAAUAUUUUGGUAACGAGCAUGGCUAUCUUCUGAUGAAUCACAGUUAUGAAACCGAUUGGUUGUUAGGCUGGCUACUGUGCGAUCGCGUAAGAUUACUGGGUAAUUGCAAGGCUUAUGCUAAGAAGUCGAUACAGUAUAUUCCUACAUUGGGAUGGGCGUGGAAAUUUGCCGAGAGUAUCUUCCUCGAAAGAAGUUGGGAAAAAGACAAGGAAAACAUUAAAGGUCAAAUCAAGGAGCUUGUCGAGUAUCCUGACACCAUGUGGCUGUUGCUCUAUCCCGAGGGUACACGCUUCACGCCGAAAAAACUGGAAGCCAGUCAAAAGUUUGCCAUUGAAAAAGGUCUACCAGUAUUAAAAUAUCAUUUAACACCACGCACAAAGGGCUUUACCGCUAGCAUUCCACACAUGAGAGGCAAAGCAACGGCCAUCUACGACAUUCAGAUAGCGUUCAAGCCAUCUGAUCCCGUAAAACCGACCAUGAGGAACCUCCUCUUGGGAAAACCGCUACAGGGACAUAUGUAUGCUAAAAGAAUUUCUAUUGAGGAAGUGCCGGAGGGAGACGAAGCUGCUGCUGAAUGGUUACAGAAGCUCUAUCAGCAAAAGGACCGUAUGACGGAGAGCUUCUAUAAGACCGGCGAUUUCUUUACCACGAGUGGAGUACCUAGAACAGACUCGUUCAAGCUAAAAAGAAGAUACUAUUCCCUCAUUAACACUAUUUGCUGGGCAAUAGUUGUCCUUGUACCAAUGCUAUAUUACCUCUUAAGGCUCCUGCUAUCUGGCUCGAUCUUUGGCAUUACCAUCGGAGUUGGAGUUAUCUUUGUAUUUUAUUUGCUAAUGUACAAAACCCUCGGAAUGUCGGAGAUAAGCAAAGGUUCAUCGUACGGCGCGGCAGACAUGAAAAAGCACAAAUAAUUUCAAAGCAAUUGCUUUACAAGAGAUAAUUUCCAAAAAAAAAAUAGAAGUGUCAAAGUAAGGAAUGGAUUGUGAUUUUCCCAA